AUGUCUGGUCCCUCGUUGGCUCCUUAUAUUCUCAAGCGCCCAUGGCUCCUAAGUUGGAUGAAGCCCUUCGCCGAAUGGUACGCCAAUGCUGCCGGUUACAGACGACUAGGCUUGAGGUUCGAUGAUUUGAUCCCCGAGGAGAACGACACCGUCCAGCUGGCACUCAAACGACUCCCUCCCAAAGAAGCAUACGACCGCGUUUUCCGUCUGAGAAGAGCUUUCCAGUGCUCAUUAGCUCAUCAACUACUACCCGUAGAAGAACAAACGAAACCCGAGGACGACGUUCGAUACUUGAGCCCCAUCAUUCAAGCGAUCGAAGCUGAGAACAAGGAACGUGCAGAUCUGGAGUCCAUGACCGUCAAACCUCGAAACUAG